UCGCACUCUAGGGCUUGACGUUUUUAAUUUAAGCAGCGACUGCCUCAUUUUCCUAAGGAUUAAUUAAACUGAUGUAGCCAGUUGACUUCAAAUCUAAAAAUUAUCUACUUUUACUUUAAUAAGAACAUAAUAUGAAGAAAAAAAAUAGGGCGAAAAGUGAACGCCUUGUCCGAAUCACUAUAGAUACUCAAAUGUUCCAUUCAAAACAAGUACGUUUCAAUGUAAAUAUGAACAAAAUACUAACAAGCCUAUACUCAAAGCUAUCUAAAACUGCAUCAACUGUAUCACAGACAAUUUCUAACAUGUCCUAAUAUUUUAUAUUCCACUGACUGAACGCGUUUACAGAGAUAGAAUCUUCGCGCAAGAGAAACUUUGAAUUACCACCUUCAAUCUAAACUAUAACCAAAAACAUUGUCAGUUUCUUAAAUUCCAGUGAGCCUGUCUACCUAGACAGCAUUUUUGUGCACGUAGCGGGUCAGUUCAGCAGAGCGAGCUGGCAUGAACUGGGUUGAAUCGGAAAUGCUGUCUAUGCAGGCGGCACUCUAGGUUUUGAGACGCAACCUCGCGGGAGACACGGCACAUCUCAACUUUCUCCAGUCUAAUGGACCGGAACCAACAACCUCUAAACUGAUUUCACCGUGGACCCUCGCUUUCAUACGCACUCAGUAUCAUCUGGAAAAACACUCAGGAAGAGCCACGCGAACUUUGUCGAGUGGUUUUGUUUAUUUUGAUGCUUGAAGUGAUAUCGUCGCCGCUCCAUGGAAACUCUCCGCGAGGUGACACGUGUAUGAGCGUGUUUUUUCCCCUGUCUGGGUGACUGGGAUUGGUGCUGGAUACACACGGUUGUUUAUUGUGGUUGGGAAAAUAUCGCGUCUCAUUUUUGAAGUGGACGUUAAUAGGCUGCUGUUAGCUUUAGCAUAGCAAGGCCUCGUCUGCAAGUGUGGGUUUGCGGUAUUGCUGCUGCUGUGUUGGCUGUGGACGUACACACAUUCAGCAUUAGAAAGCCCAAAAGUGUCAAAGGAGUGUAACUUCGAGCAAUAGGAAGUGUUUCUUCUUCACCUGGGAGCUGCUGCUGAAUAUGAAGUGAACCUCCUGGUCAGCACAUCAAAAUACAGAUGCAACAGCCUCAUGCAACAUCAUAAUCCGAUGCCUCUCCUGAUGCAUCUGAAAAUGACUAUAGGAUAUAGGACGAAUAAAAGCUAAAAACAAAAGCCCAAUGAGCGACACACGGUCCACAGUCACUGACAGAACCGGUAGCACCCUCAGCAGAGACCACCCUCCCGAUAAGAGACCCGAAAGCAUCAAGCAGCCUGGUACCCCUACACACGAGUUUGACCCUACAGGGCUGGUUCAGAGAUGCGUGAUCAUUCAGAAAGAUGAAAACGGCUUUGGGCUGACCGUCAGUGGGGACAACCCUGUUUUCGUGCAGCUCGUCAAACAGGAUGGCGCUGCAAUGCGUGCAGGUGUUCAGACGGGGGACAGGAUCAUUAAGGUGAACGGGACAUUGGUGACGCAAUCGAACCACGUUGAAGUGGUGAAAUUAAUCAAAUCUGGCUCAUACGUGGCCCUCACAGUGUUAGGCCGGCCUCCCGGGUUACCCCAGAUCCCCCUCUCGGAGGUAGACGUGGGUCUCGGGUCACCGGGGGAUUAUGGGGACCCCUUUGUUUCAUCUCCCAACUCUUACAAUGCAGCGAAACGUACCUCCUCUCCUUUGGUAUCAUGGGAAGAGAACAGUUCUCCACUUAUCCAAAGAAUGGACAACAAGAGGAUGGUGUUCAUAGAACAACAGGACAUAAAGGGACUGAAGGAGGACUACAGCAGAGUUCCUACACCCAAACCACUACGGGAUAUCCAGGAAGCCAAGAAGCACAUUCCACAUCAGCAGGGCCUGCUUAACAGGGCUCCACAUGAGAGUGUCAGGAACAGUGAAGAUGGCUGUUGGCUGAAUGAGGAUCAGAAUAAGGGAGAUUUCAGCCCGGAGGGUUUCUGGAGUGGAAGUUCAGUGUCAACUGUCCAGCGCGGUUUCUACCCGGCCUCUCCAGAGAGCCAAAGGGAAUCCAACUGUUCCAGUCCGAAGUGCACCCCCAGAGACAGCCUCAACUCCUGCCCCUCCCUGGAGGUCGAGGACAGUCCCAACCUGAAUUCUCGUUUCCCAUCCACCAUUGGGAGCCCACCCCCCCGCCUGGCUUCAGAGAUCAUUGCUGCUGAAGAUGAUGACUUUGACUCUGAGCAGGAGCAGGUGAACGGACAGUGCAGCUCCUUCCAGAGUAUCGAGAUUCUCAAGACUCGCCCCGCUCAUCUUGCUGUCUUCCUACACCAUGUGAUCUCUCAGUUUGACCCUGCACCUCUGCUCUGCUACCUCCACGCUGACCUCUACAAACAGACCAACUCCAAAGAAGCACGGCGGAUCUUCAUGGACUUCUUGACUUUCUUCAUAGACCGGGGGGCAAAUUUGAAAGUCGCUGUGCCUGAAUCCAUCUCCUCUGAGCUCGAGCGACGCAGACCAGAGCUGAUUCCAGAGGAAUUACACAGGCAAUAUAUACAGACAAUGCAGGAAACUCUCCGUCCGGAUGUACAGAGAAACUUGGAGGACUUCAGGCAGAAGCGCAGUAUGGGCUUGACCCUGGCUGAUGUAGAGCUGUCUCGUCUGGACUCUGAACAGCUGGCUCCAGAGAGAGAGAGAUUAUGCGCUGAAAACAUCCUCUCCAAGAUAGAUGAUGUCCUGUUGUCUUCACAGCCCACAGAGGAGGAGAAAUGCAACACCAUACAGUAUGUGAUCUUUCUGUACAUGAAGCAUCUGGGAGUUCGAGUGAAAGAGCAACGAAACCUGGAAUCCAAACGAGUUCGAAUUAAUUUUCUUCCUUCUAAACUAAGGAAAAGCAAAACAGAGAAGGAAGGGGAGAAAAAGCCUCGCUUUCCCAUCCGGGUGCCCCCUCGGUGGCCCAGUCGCAUCGAUUCAGUACCAUCUGGGAGGGUCGGGGACAUCAAGCAUCGGCCUCAGAAGCAGAUGUCUCAGCCUACUUUGGGCGGGUUAGAGUUUAUGGAGGGAGGACGUUUUCGGAGCAGUCAGUCAAGUGAGGGCUCAGACCUCCUACAGAGCCCGAGUUUGAUCACCUCUCCCUUCUUCAGUGCCUCUUACGGCUCACCCUCAGACCCCUUGGGCAGGGACCCAGAGUUUGGUAUGAGCCCGUCUGCGGUGGUUCCCCGGCUCAGUGAUGGGCUGCAGUCUGGAGAUGUGCUAGACAGCAUCUACCCACCCUGUGACUACAUCCCAUACAACAUGGACCAGCCAGAUGAAGAUGCAGACAGACUCCCUGAUGGGGGCACACCAAAACUGAGUAGAAGGUUUGAAGAGUUGCAAAGUGAGGAUGAUCAGGGGAGUGAUGUUUUCUCCGAUGUAGAUCCUCCAAACUGGCAGCAGCUGGUCGGGCGUGAUGUUUUAGCAGGCCUGACGCCCCACGAGAUCAAGAGACAAGAAGUCAUUAAUGAACUAUUCUACACGGAGCGAGCCCACGUACGCAUGCUGAAGGUCCUAGACCGUGUCUUCUACCAGAAGCUCACCCGAGACAACAUACUGCCCCCUGCUGAUAUCAAGAACAUAUUCACCAACCUGGAGGAAAUCGUCCAAUUGCACAUGAGGAUAGCAGAUCAAAUGACGGCGAUACGCAAGAAGAACGAGUUGACGGUCAUCGACCACAUAGGAGAUGAGUUGCUGUCUUGGUUCAGUGGUGGAGAGGAGGAAAAGAUCAAGCAAGCAGUGGGCACUUUCUGCAGUAACCAGCCCUUUGCCCUGGAGCUCAUCAAAUCCCGGCAGAAGAAGGACCAGCGUUUCACCUCCUUCAUGCAGGAGGCUGAGAGCAAUCGACUGUGUCGACGAUUACAGCUAAAGGACAUCAUCCCUGCAGAGAUGCAGAGGUUCACCAAGUACCCUUUACUGAUGGACAACAUUGCCAAGUUCACAGAUGAGUCAGAGGAGAAAGACAAAGUGAGACGAGCAGCCGAAUGCUGUCGGCACAUUCUCAGCCACGUCAACCAGUCGGUGAAGGAGUCCGAGAAUAAACAGAGACUGGAGGACUACCAGAGACGACUGGACCUCUCUUCCCUCAAGCAGAGCGAGAACCCCAUGAUCUCGGAGUUCAAGAACCUGGAUCUCACUAAAAAGAAGAUGGUCCACGAGGGUCCUCUGUCCUGGAAGAUUAACAAAGACAAAACCAUUGAGCUGUAUACUUUACUCCUGGAAGACAUCCUGGUGUUGUUGCAGAAGCAGGACGAGCGUUUCAUUCUCAGGUGUCACAGCAAGAACCUCGCAGGAACGGCUGACACAAAACACAUAUUCAGUCCCAUCAUCAAACUCAGCACUGUGCUGGUGCGCUCGGUGGCAACAGAUAACAGAUCAUUCUUUGUGAUCUCCAUGUCCAAAAACGGAGCACAGAUUUAUGAGCUGAUGGCACAAACAGUGUCCGAGCAGAGAAUGUGGCAACGGCAGAUUGCUCAGAGGGCAGAUGCUAUAAACGCCAAACCCCACAGCAUCAUUCCUUUGCCUCAGCACGAUGGUGACAGAGACGGUGUUGAGUUAAACAAGUUCAGCAAAGGCUCCGAACGGAUCUCCACAGGAAGCAUCCAGUCCGCAGAGAAAGACAGUGAAAUUUCACCCACGGCAGCCCUGCGGGAUUGUGUCCCGGACGCCAACCCUGGGGAAGAGGACCAGGUCCCGAGAGCUGGCAGGGAUGGCUCGUAUCUGGACUCUGAACUCUUGAACGGCAGGGACGCAGACUCUCAGUCCUGUUCGUCUAAAGCAGAUGAGGCUCUUAAAACCUUGGCGGCACUGAAGCAGGUGCUGGUGACCCAGCUGAUGGCUCAGGAUGAGGGCGAGCAAUUGUGCCGAUCGGCCGGCAGUCGUCUCCUCAGGACCACCUCUCUACGCACACCGGUGGAGCACAGCUCCAUUCGCACCCCUAGUCGAGCUAAGGACUACAACUCUGGAGAUACGGGCUUCUACGAGUACCCAGAGGACUAUGCAGCUUACCUGGUUCUGGAGGGGUACGGUGGCCCAGGCGAGAGCAGUACAGAUGAUGAUAUUCAGGUCCGGAGAAAGGAGUCAAGUUUGGCCCACAGCUGUGCUGCUGACUCGGGCAUCAGCCUCAAGUUCUCCUCACCCUCCUCAGGCAGCACGUCCCGCCUCAGCAGACAGGUCCUCACACAUUUACGCUGCCUGCAGGCCAACCUCAACCACCUCAAGGAGAUGGAAACAAAAUAUUAUAAUCUACUUCGCCAAAGGCCGGUUGGCUCAGCCGCCGAUACGGACGAGAGCAGAGAUAAGAAAUAGGGUGGCAGAAGUUCCCAGCUCCUGUGAUGAAGAGGGCAUCGCAUCUAUCCAUAACAUGCUCCGCACAAGCCUGUCUUCCUCACCGCUGAACACCUCCAUCCAAAAAUGAGGGGAAUAUUCUAACAAGGCCUCUCGCUUCUGUCAGCACUCGUCAAUUAGGGAAGACGGACUGUCUCCUCUCAGCCUUACCUGUCCCGAGUACAUGUCCUCAUUCCAACGAACGUGGGCAGCCCAGUCUCUGCUCCCUCCCCAGCAGCCCUCGCUAAAGAAAGGAGAACCAUACCAAAAUGUACAAAGCUGUGUGUUUAGAAAAUAUAUAAGUUGAGAAAGGAUUUUUUUUAAACUAAUAAUGUAUUAAGCAGUUUUUUUUAAACCCAAGAUGUAUUUAUUUUUCCUUUUAGUGUUUUCCAUGUUUCUCGCAUGCUUCUGGCUGUCGAAACUCUUUAAGCUGUCUGUCGCUGUAGGCUCCAGUGUGACUGAACGGGGUGAGCGCUCCAGAAUUCAGACUCUUUUUCUCCCCCACAAUCUAUACGCGUGGAAGCCCAAGCUUGUGCAGUACAUAAAGAGAAGUUUUUGCUCAAGGCCUCCCUCAGUUACUCCAGCCAGCUGACAUUCCUCCCAGAGCCCUGGACUGAUUCAUUGGCCCCUGAGACCCUCCUGCUGAGAUGAAGAGUGGAUGGAGUCUGCAGCUACAUUUUGAUGAUUGCAAAAAGAGAAGAUUGGCCAUCAGGAUUGAAGGUGAUGCAAAACCUGGAAAUAAAGAUGCAAUGACAAAAUCUUUA